UAUUAAUCUACUGUACUGCGUUUUAUAGUUGUCGUGGUCGUUGGUGAAACUGGAUCCGGUAAAACUACACAACUCACUCAAUACCUUCAUGAGGAUGGAUAUAGCAAAUAUGGAACUAUAGGCUGUACACAGCCUCGUCGUGUUGCUGCUAUGUCGGUUGCUAAACGUGUUAGUGAAGAAAUGGAGUGUAAACUCGGAACUACAGUUGGUUACGCCAUUCGUUUCGAAGAUUGUACUUCAGAAAGCACCGUUAUUAAAUAUAUGACUGAUGGUGUUAUGCUCCGUGAAUCACUUAAGGAACCUGAUCUCGAUCACUACAGUGCAAUUAUUAUGGACGAAGCCCACGAACGUUCCCUUCAAACAGAUGUUUUGAUGGGUUUAUUAAGACAAGUUCUUUCUCGCAGAAGGGAUAUUAAGUUAAUCGUCACGUCAGCAACUAUGAAUGCCGAGAAGUUUUCACUGUUUUUCGGAAAUUGUCCGACUUUCACAAUACCCGGUCGUACGUUCCCUGUAGAGAUAAUGUUCAGUAAGACACCUUGCGAAGAUUAUGUUGAUAGUGCUGUUAAACAAGUGUUGGCAAUCCACUUAGGGCAUCCCGCAGGUGAUAUAUUAGUAUUUAUGACCGGACAAGAAGAUAUAGAGAUUACAUGUCGAGUGAUUGCAGAACGUCUCCAGCAAUUGGAUAACCCUCCCUCACUUGAAAUUUUGCCAAUCUAUUCGCAAUUACCAGCUGACCUGCAAGCUAGAAUUUUCGAAAAGACAGCUAACAAUGCUCGAAAAGUUAUUGUUGCAACCAAUAUUGCUGAGACCUCUUUGACUGUUGAUGGUAUCAUGUAUGUUGUUGACACAGGAUAUAAUAAACUUAAGGUAUUCAAUCCAAAGAUUGGCAUGGACUCCUUACAAAUUACACCUAUCAGCCAGGCAAAUGCAAAUCAAAGAUCGGGUAGAGCUGGACGUACUGGUGCAGGAACUUGUUAUCGUCUUUACACGGAACAAGCUUAUCAUCAUGAAAUGUUUAUGAACACAAUACCCGAGAUCCAGCGUACCAACCUUGCAAAUGUGGUGCUUUUACUUAAAUCCUUAGGAGUAAAGAAUUUAUUGGAUUUUGAUUUCAUGGAUCCUCCACCUCAGGAUAACAUACUGAACUCGAUGUAUCAAUUGUGGAUUCUGGGUGCGUUGGAUAAUACUGGAGAGUUAACACCACUCGGUCGAAGAAUGGUAGAGUUUCCAUUAGAUCCUUCGUUAUCAAAGAUGUUGAUUACAUCCGAGGAAUUAGGAUGUACGGCAGAGAUAUUGACCAUUGUAUCUAUGCUUUCUGUUCCAUCGGUAUUUUAUCGGCCAAAAGAGAGAAUGGAGCAGAGUGAUGCUGCUAGAGAAAAAUUCUUUGUACCUGAAAGUGACCAUUUAACGCUAUUACAUGUUUAUACACAAUGGAAAUCCCACGGUUUCCGGGAAGAGUGGUGUGUGAAACAUUUUAUUCAUUCUAAAGCUAUGAGGAAAGCUCAAGAAGUGAGAUCACAGUUAAUGGAUAUUAUGAAAGCGGAAAAGAUGGCAAUUGUCUCUUGUGGCACUGAUUGGGAUGUAGUGCGAAAAUGUAUCUGCUCUGCAUACUUUCACCAGGCUGCAAGGGUAAAGGGUAUUGGAGAAUAUGUAAAUUGCCGUACAGGAAUGCCAUGCCACCUUCACCCAACAAGUGCUUUAUAUGGGCUUGGUUAUACACCAGAUUACAUCGUUUAUCACGAAUUAGUAAUGACGUCAAAGGAAUACAUGCAGUGUGUUACUGCUGUAGACCCAUACUGGUUAGCUGAAAUGGGACCUAUGUUCUAUUCAAUCAAAGAAAAGAAUUUCACACAGAAAGAAAAACGAGCAGCCAACAAAGCAGAGAUGGCCAAAAUGACGAUGGAAAUGCAAAUUAAAAUGGCGAGAGAAAAAGAGGAAGAAGAAAGUGAACAGCAACGUAAAGCAACUGCAACACCUAAACAUUCUAAUAGUGUUAUACUCGGGAAAAGGAAUCCUGGAACACCCCCAAGAAAAAGGGGAUUUGGUCUCUAAAAGAAUUGCUAAUAAUAUAUAUUACACCGACUUCAGAUAUUUAUUCUUUUUGGAUAGUGGUCAUAAUAUUUUAUUAGGAUAAAUCUGUCAAGGUUUUCGACUUAACUUAUAGCACCCAACUGCUGAAAGAUUUAAUUAGAAGUUGUGAGUUGACACCCCUAUUUUUAUUAUUAAAUAGUCAAUUUAGAAAAUAACAAUAAUUUCACUUGACAUGAUGGUUUAUUA